UGCGUGUCUAUAUAUAAGACUGUGAACUUUAAACGGGUUGCUCCAGUGCGACUUUGAUAUAGUGAUCGUUAAAUGUGAGAAGGUGGACUCGUCUUGUGGACAACGGCAGUGGCGUGAUUUGAAGAUCGUUCGAGAGGAUCGUAAAUCGUAGUUGGAUAGACUCAAACGGCCAAAACAUGGGGAACUGCUUCAGCAGCCCGACGGACGUGGAGAAGGAGAAGCCGGACAGGAUCGGCAAUCCCAGCAUAGAGGCGGUCGCGUCGCAGGUCAGCCCGGUGCCGACGCCGCCGCCGGAUCCCAUCAGGCCGAUUCCGCAGAUCCCAGACAUGGACGUUACGACGGCGAAGAUAUUUGUUGCUUUGUACGAUUACGACGCUCGCACCGACGAGGAUUUGAGUUUUAAGAAGGGAGAACACUUGGAGAUUAUCAAUGACACGCAGGGAGACUGGUGGCUGGCCAAGAGUAAAAGGACCAGGCAGGAGGGCUACAUUCCCAGCAAUUACGUCGCCAAAUUGAAAUCAAUCGAGGCAGAACCAUGGUAUUUCAGGAAGAUUAAGCGAAUCGAGGCUGAGAAAAAAUUGCUACUGCCGGAAAACGAUCACGGCGCGUUUCUGAUAAGAGACUCCGAGAGCCGACACAAUGAUUACUCCCUUUCAGUGCGUGAUGGCGACACGGUGAAACAUUACCGUAUUCGUCAAUUGGACGAGGGUGGCUUUUUCAUCGCCAGGCGAACCACGUUCAGAAAUUUGCAGGAUCUUGUGGAGCAUUACAGCAAAGACGCGGAUGGCCUGUGUGUUAAUUUGUGCAAGCCUUGCGUGCAGGUUGAGAAACCCGUAACGGAAGGCCUUAGUCACCGUACGCGGGACCAAUGGGAAAUCGAUCGUUCAUCGCUGAAAUUCCUGAGGAAGUUGGGACAGGGCCAAUUUGGCGAAGUGUGGGAAGGUUUGUGGAACAACACUACCCCAGUGGCGAUAAAGACGCUCAAGCCGGGCACCAUGGACCCGAAGGACUUCCUUGCCGAGGCGCAGAUUAUGAAGAAACUCCGACACGCUAAACUAAUUCAGUUGUACGCUGUGUGCACGAUGGAGGAACCGAUCUAUAUCAUUACAGAAUUGAUGAGGAAUGGCAGUCUUCUAGAAUAUUUACAAGGUAUGCAAGGAAAAGGUAGAGGCCUAAAACUACAGCAACUAAUCGACAUGGCUGCGCAAAUAGCUGCCGGUAUGGCGUAUUUAGAGUCGCAGAAUUAUAUUCAUCGAGACUUGGCCGCCCGUAAUGUUCUCGUAGCAGACGGAAAUGUCGUUAAGAUCGCGGACUUUGGUUUGGCUAGGCUUAUCAAAGAGGAUGAGUACGAGGCUAGAAUAGGGGCGCGCUUCCCUAUUAAAUGGACCGCUCCUGAAGCCGCCAACUACAGCAAAUUCAGUAUUAAAUCCGACGUAUGGUCGUUUGGAAUUCUCCUUACCGAAUUGGUCACAUACGGUAGAAUACCCUAUCCAGGUAUGACAAAUGCUGAGGUUCUUCAUCAGGUGGAGCAUGGCUAUAGAAUGCCAAGUCCACCCGGCUGUCCCGACACACUUUAUAAUAUCAUGCUGGAAUGCUGGAACAAGGAUCCUAUGAAAAGACCGACUUUCGAGACGCUUCAGUGGAAACUUGAGGACUUUUUCACUAUGGAAGGUUCCGAGUACAAGGAAGCGUCUGCGUAUUGAAUAGAGGAUUUCGAAUUCUUCUUCCAUAUUGCUCCAUUAAGAGAUCCGGUAACUGUACCGUCACUUCGUCGACGGCGAUCGUUACGAUCUUCUUCAUUGAUCUAUUUGUGACACUAGUUUUCGCGAUACUUUUG